AUGGAUAACCGUAAAGAAAAUUCCGAUUCCGAUGGAAAUCGUCAAAGCAGCGAUGCUUCAUCAACAGACAGAUUGCUAUUAGAAGGUUCACUAGCAAAUAAAGAGCAAAAAAAGUAUGUUCAUUGGCAAGUCCGUAUUGGAGACUCUCCUGACUCCUUCCCUACGUUAGCGAACAAAUAAAUUGGAAAAAUCUACUUUUUUGCCCGAAAAUCCAUCAUCCAUAAGCAAGCAAAAAUUUUGAUAUAUAAAUGAUUAUGAAAGCUAGUCCUGUUAAAUUUUAAACAGUUUGCAUUCUAAAGCAUAAAUUUGCAGAUUAACUAAUAUUUGUUACCAUUUUGCGAAUUAGGAUUAUUUUAUAUUUCAAAAAAAAUUAUAACGAUGACCCCCCCCUCAAUCUUCAUGUCUAUUGCAACAAAAAUUUUUCGAAAAAAUUUUCAUGCCUACUGCAACACAAAAUUUUUAUAAAAAAGAAUUAAUGCAUUUUUCUCUAGGUGAGUUUCUCAAAAACCCCAUAAAACAGCGCUGCUGUAGGCGUGUCAAUGACCUUCUCAUCGAGAUUUGGACGGCUAUUGUCAUUGCUCGCCAUUUUAUUAAACUUAUCUAGCUAAAAAGUACAGAAAAAUUUAAGAUGCGAAUCUAAAUUUGCUGCAAGAGGAUUAGGAUUAUUACAGACAGGCGCUAGCCAUAUUGGUGGCACAGUCACCAAAGACCUCCCGUGCAGAAGGUUCUACCGCUUUUCGAUUCCAGCCCAGAGGGUGUAUUCCUCUUAUUAGUGCCCUUCCGGUACCUUCUGUCUCCUCCUUGCCUUGCGGGUUCAGUCUUGAGUGGGCGGCUUAUGGAUUUCUGCGUCCCUGCUACGGGCAAUUGGAGUAGCUUGAUUCCAAGGAUCAGCUCCUUAGAGUCUAUCGGGUGUCAAAGUACCUUCCUUCGACAGCUACAGGAAAAAGACUGUUCCCCUGUGGCCUGGGCAAAAACCCCAGUUUCUCGGUAGAGGAAUACCCAUGAGUCCUCGGAUCAAAAGGACGUUGUUGAGCGCAUCUAUUUCCAACCACAGGAAAGCAGCCAAAACCUGCCCGGAUAUACACUUCUUGAGCCUGCGUCUGAUUCUCGGCUUGGGGUCCGUCCCAGUUCGCAUUAGCCAUAAGGUCUGGAAUGCUGCGUUAAGAGGGCAGGCUGACACGUGUCGCCAUUUUAAUAUAUAUAAUUUGUUGCAAGAGACAUGAAAAUUAUUAUUUUUUUUAUAUAUAAUUUGUUGCAAGAGACAUGAAAAUUAUUAUUUUUUUUAUAUAUAAUUUGUUGCAAGAGACAUGAAAAAAUUAUUUUUUUUAUAUAUAAAAUUUUAUAUUAAAAAAUUGCAUUUUUGUUGCAAUAGACAUGAAGAUUGAGGGGGGGGUCAUCGUUAUAAAAUUUUAUAAAUAUAUUUAAAAAAAAAAUUAACCCUUUAUGAGCGAACAGAAUUUUUUUGUUGGCUCCAUGGAGGGGGAGUGAGCAAAAAGUUGUAAUUGAGCUCGACUACGAAACUUGCCCCAGAACCUGCGAAAAUUUCUGACAAAUUGCAAACUCGUUUAAGGAGCUCAGCUAUAGAGGAAGCAUGUUCCACAGAGUUGUAGCAAACGGCUAUGUAGAAGGUGGGUUUAUUAACUCCUCUGAUGGAAGCAAGAUAAAUUCAUCAAUAUAUGGAAGCUAUUUUUCAGAUGAAAAUUAUUCUUAUAUACAUGACAAGCCAGGUAUUAUAGGAAUGAGUAAUAGUGGGAAGCAUAAGAAUGGGAGCGUGUUUUAUAUAACUCUGAGACCAAUGAUGCAUUUAAAUGGGAGACUUGUAGCUUUUGGUAGGGUUGUUGAAGGGAUUGAUGUAAUCAGAGAUAUUUCACAAGUGCAGUGCAAAAAUCAAAGACCAUUAGUGCCUUGUGUUAUUAAACUCUUCAUAGUGUUAAGUAUUUCUCUAUGAAAAGUGGUAUUUUAUUUUCUUAUUACAAAAUAGAUAAUUAAUGAUUAUUAAAAUUUUUUAUUUAUAUGGAUAGGUCUGUUUCAAGUGGGAAUUACUUGAAUUCAUUAGCGGGAGCGGAAAAUAAACACAAAUUACAUAAAGAUCACUUUCAAAGCAAACUGGAAGCUGCGGAUUUAACUACAUUAAUGAGUAGGAGAGAAGCAAUUGUGAAGGAAAUAGAAAGCACAAGAGAAGAACUGGAAGAGCAAAGGAAAUUUAGAGAUGUUAUUUCAAACCUAAUAGCUGAUAUGAUGGCUUAUUAA